UGGUUCCCCACAGUUGAGUUAAACAUUUUAUUCAUAUGAUAGUUGCUAUAUCCUUGAUCGACCAUAGUAAAAAGUGUGCGACAACGUAUUUCAUCGUACAAGAGAAAAUAAUGGACAUUUGAGUUUUUAACUAUUUUUUUCAAUAGAGCUAUUCAAUAAUCCAAAUGUACAUUUUACUCCGGAGAAUGCAGCACGGAAAUAUUUCAUCGUGGAUAUGGCUAUCCCUUUUAUCAUUAACGACGAUUUAUGUGUCGACCAAAGCAACCACGCUAGACCGAGUAACCAUGAGGAAGGUACUUCCAGCGUACGCGCUUUUGGAAAACGCCGAUUCUCUAAAUUUCAGCAGAUGUCGGACGGAGAUUGAUGAAUUUCGUAGUGCUGUUGACAACAAGAUAAUGUGGGCUCUAAGAGCGUUGGAUACAAGUGGAGUGCCACCCGGGGGAUUUCUGAACGGGCACAGUUAUUGGUUAGGAGAUCGCCUAGCUUGCACCAGCCUCUCUCAAAAUCUCACGCUGUUUAUCGCGGAGCAGAAACGACAGAACAAUACGCUAUACCGGAAUCCGGACGAGGAGCAUCCACCUUUUGAAUUUCAUUUUUUUCUUGGACACAUGCGGCACAAUAGCACUAUGCAAUAUCACUUAGAACUACCACACGAUGAUUUGAUAGCACUUGGACUUUGUCUACCGGCUUCCUGCACUAAACACGAUGUAGCUACAAUGCUAGAUAGAGUCUUCCAUAAUGAAACUCUUUUCAUUGGAAAACUUUUUGCCGUGAACUUCAGACUCAUCAAAGUCACUGAUUUGGUGAAUGAUUAUCAAUGGCUCCUCUCUACAAAGAUGAUCUCCAUCAUAGGAGUUUUGCUAUUGUUGUGUACUACCGUGACAGCAGCCACAGUAUACGAUUAUUUCGCCCAUCGAAACGGUGCAAACAGCGAAAAGGAAAUCGUUGCACUCAAAAAUGGAAAUACGAAGGAAGUGGAGAACGCAAGGAAAGUAAAAUGCAAAACCAGUGACGAUGAAUCCGCACUCUUAGAAUCGGAGGAACAAAAUUGCAUGAACCAAUAUCUGCUCAGUUUUUCGCUGCUCAGAAAUGGACGGCAAUUAUUUAAAAUACGAGAGAGUACAGAUUCUCUGCGUAUAUUCUACGGUAUGAGAGUGUUGGGAAUGCUAUGGAUUAUUUUUGGGCAUUUGGCCAUGUUCAGCUUUCAUGCUAUGGCUAACAAGGCGCUUUUCAACAUGUUGGGCGGUGAUAUACUCAACGAAAUCAUAAAUAAUCCAACGUUUCCGGUGGACACGUUUUUCUUUAUGAGUGGUUUUCUGUCGGCUUAUAAUUUCGUCAAGGAACAACAAAAAAUGAGGAGACUAUCGUCUAUAACAGAAAGGGCGAAUAUAUUCUUUCAAAUAAUUAUGAAACGAUAUAUUAGGCUCACACCUGCAUAUUUCGUCGUUAUACUCAUAGCGAUAUUGACUUUUACCUGGCAUGAUCAUGUAUCAGCAUAUUUACUCUUUGAGUAUCCAAGUGAUAUGUGUUCCAAAUAUUGGUGGACUAAUAUACUUUACAUAAACAACUUAUACAGCUGGCAUGAUGCAUGUCUCUCAUGGAGUUGGUACUUGCCCAAUGAUAUGCAGUUCUUCAUAUUUGGUGUUUUUCUCCUAUUGUUAUCGAUCACGCAUUACAAUAUUGCCAUUGGCUUAGGCGUUUUUAGCUUAGUUUCAUCCAUACUAUCAGUCUCUUACGUAGGAUACAAGCGUAAUUACCAGCCUACGAUAGACAAUUUAUAUACCUCGGGGACAGACUUUUAUAUACGACCGUGGUGUAGAAUACCGCCAUACAUCAUAGGAAUUGCCACAUGUCUCUUUCUUACAAAAUGCAAUUUCAAAUUACAUUUAUCAAAAAAAAGCUUAAUCAUUGGAUGGAUCUUGGCAUCUUUAUGUAAUGGUACGAUUCUCUUCGGACUCGAUAACAAGAACAUACCCUUAUAUCUAUCCGUUCUUUAUUUGGGCUUCAGUAGAACGGGCUGGGCACUGAGUACUGCCUGGGUGGUAGUUGUAUGCACUACGAAUAAUUCCUGGAUCGUGAAGAAAAUCUUAUCCCUAGAUAUAUUCGCUGUUUUGAGUAAAUUUACGUAUGGUGUUUAUCUUCUAAACCCUAUUUUGAUAACAUCGGCUUUACUUUCACAAUAUUAUCCUUUCUACUUUGAUAAAGUCACCAUUUGUAUUCUGUUCCUUGCAAUCGUUAUUUGUAGCUUCGCUGCUUCUAUUGUGUUAUUCCUAACAGUCGAAAUGCCGUUUGCAUCACUCCUGAAAUUACAUAGUAGUGCACCAAAGAAAAGGAAAGAAGUUGGUGUUGAUAAAGUUCUCUGAG